GUCGAAAGAAACGGAAUGGAAUACUUUAACGAAACAAAUCCGAAUGAAUGGUCGCUUAAUGGAUAUCUCAAAUGGAGAUCCAAGUUUAAAGAUUUUUCCAAUAAAGUAUAUGAACAUAGUGUCUUUCAUGAUUUAAUCAAAAAGAUUUCUGACCAAGGUGGAGCUGGGAGCAGAACGGCGAAGCUGAUAUUGAAAAAUUGGAAGGAUGAAAAGGAUUCUUUGGAAGUAAACUCUUUUUGGAACAACUGUGAAGAAAUAGACCAACAAAGUGAGAGGAAGAGAAAGAUUUGGAAGAUAGAAUCUGCAGAUUGGGAUUAUCUUCACACACGCGAUCAACAACUAAGCAAACAUGUCAAGAUCAUCCGUGAAAAUAGAUGCAAGCAUCUUGAUCAAGAUGAGUAUAAUCAAAAAUCUGAUGAUGAAGAAAGUUCAGAACCGAAAUCGGAUCUUGAUGAUAAUGAGAAAGUCAUGAUCGACGAGCAGACCGAACAAGAUUUGACAAAAAUAGAUGACAAUAACUCCCUUAAAAAAUCGUUCAAAGAGAAAUAUGACAAAAUGGAAGAUGAUUGGAAGUGGAAGCUCUCAUGUACGGGGCGCGUCGUGGAGGAUGUUAUUUACGAGAACAUUUCAAAUUUUGCGAGUGAACAUUUACUACAUUCAUUCAUAAUUGAUGUGGACGAUCCGAUGAUCACAGGAAUAUUCUUUCCUGCUGAAAUAGAUGAAAUAGAAUCAACAAAUGUCAAGGAGGAACAGGAAUUAAGUAACGAACUUUACGAAAACCUUACAAGAUAUUAUGACAAGAAAAGUGUGGUUGAGAUCAGAAAGAUUAUAAGAGAGGCCAAUCUUGGUUGUUCGAAUUUUGAAAUCGAAACACUUGCAUAUUCUAUUUACAGUUUGGUACGACAAUACGAACUUAAUCCAAGAGGGUUCUCCUUGGGACAUUACGAAAAUUGGUACAACGUGAACAUAUGGGGGCCUGUUAUCGAUAGGAUAUACGAUGACAUUCCAAAUAUUGACAUUGUUCGUGGUGAAUCGUCAAGCUUAGCUAGUUCAGAUCGAAAAAACCGUAAUCGUACAACGAAUACUCGAAAAAAAAUGGGGAGAAGAGGAGACGCGAUAAUACGAAAAUGUUCAAGCGGAAUACGACAUGAAUUUGGAGGUUCGGAAGUUGGCAGUCAUUAUGAAGGUCAAAAUGCCACAAAGUGGCUUAAUGAAUCUGGUCUAAAGCUACCUAAAAUGUUGAGAGACAUGUUCGUUAGUUUGUGCAAGAGUGUGGACUGGGACUUGGAAAAAAUGAACAAUGUGGAAACAGUAGGAUAUAUUCAUGGAGGUUCAGUUCUAAUGAUCAUAACUCUGGAUCUUCCUGCCGGAUAUAUACAUCGUCUCUCUAAGAGUGACCUGUAUAAUAUACCGGAAGAUAUCGAAUCUUUCAACAAGGCGUUAGAAUUAAUAACUGCAGUUUGGAAAAGUAAGAAACAAGUCGUCCGAACCAUGGAAUUAUUACAGGAAAAUGAAAAAGAUUCUAGUAAACGUUUGAAAAAUGUAUCCAUACGCAAAAGAAGCAAUCGUACUAACAACCAAACUAGCAAGCCUAAAAAAAUUCUUCCGGAUAAUCAAAAUACACCAAAAAAGACAAAGAAAUGA